CGCCGCCGCCGCCCGGGCCCGGGCCCGCCAUGCACCAGCCGCAGCCGCAGCCGCAGCCGCCGCCGCAGCCGAAGGCGGGCGAGCCGCAGCUCAGCGAGCCCGAGGACAUGGAGAUGGAAGCUGGAGACACGGAUGACCCACCCAGAAUCACUCAGAACCCCAUCAUCAAUGGGAAUGUGGCCAUGAGCGAUGGGCACAACAACACCGAGGAGGAGAUGGAGGACGACACGAGUUGGCGCUCCGAGGCCACCUUCCAGUUCACUGUCGAGCGCUUCAGCAGACUGAGUGAGUCGGUCCUUAGCCCUCCGUGUUUUGUGCGAAAUCUGCCAUGGAAGAUUAUGGUGAUGCCACGCUUUUAUCCAGACAGACCACACCAAAAAAGCGUAGGAUUCUUUCUCCAGUGCAAUGCUGAAUCUGAUUCCACGUCGUGGUCUUGUCAUGCCCAAGCCGUGCUGAAGAUCAUCAAUUACCGAGACGACGAGAAGUCCUUCAGCCGCCGCAUCAGCCACCUGUUCUUCCACAAGGAGAAUGACUGGGGCUUCUCCAACUUCAUGGCCUGGAGUGAAGUGACUGAUCCCGAAAAAGGGUUUAUCGAUGACGACAAAGUGACCUUUGAGGUCUUCGUGCAGGCGGAUGCCCCCCACGGAGUCGCGUGGGAUUCCAAGAAGCACACGGGCUACGUGGGGCUCAAGAACCAGGGCGCAACUUGCUACAUGAACAGCCUGCUGCAGACUUUAUUCUUCACCAAUCAGCUGCGGAAGGCCGUGUACAUGAUGCCUACGGAGGGCGACGACUCUUCUAAAAGCGUCCCCCUGGCACUACAGAGAGUGUUCUAUGAGCUGCAGCACAGCGACAAGCCCGUGGGGACCAAGAAGCUCACCAAGUCAUUCGGGUGGGAAACGUUAGAUAGCUUCAUGCAGCAUGACGUUCAAGAGCUCUGUCGCGUGUUGCUCGAUAAUGUGGAGAAUAAGAUGAAAGGCACGUGUGUGGAAGGGACCAUCCCUAAGUUAUUCAGAGGCAAGAUGGUGUCCUACAUCCAGUGUAAAGAAGUCGACUAUCGGUCCGAUAGAAGAGAAGAUUAUUAUGAUAUCCAACUAAGUAUAAAAGGAAAGAAAAACAUCUUCGAGUCCUUUGUGGAUUACGUGGCGGUAGAACAACUAGACGGUGACAAUAAAUACGACGCCGGGGAACACGGCCUGCAGGAAGCAGAGAAGGGUGUGAAAUUCCUAACGUUGCCACCAGUGUUACACCUCCAGCUGAUGAGGUUCAUGUACGACCCGCAGACGGAUCAGAACAUCAAGAUCAAUGACAGGUUUGAGUUUCCAGAACAGUUACCACUCGAUGAAUUUUUGCAAAAAACAGAUCCUAAGGACCCAGCAAACUAUAUUCUUCACGCAGUCCUGGUUCAUAGUGGAGAUAAUCAUGGUGGACACUAUGUGGUUUAUCUCAACCCCAAGGGAGAUGGCAAAUGGUGUAAGUUCGACGACGACGUGGUGUCCCGGUGCACGAAGGAGGAGGCCAUCGAGCACAACUACGGGGGCCACGACGACGACCUGUCGGUCCGGCACUGCACCAACGCCUACAUGCUGGUCUACAUCAGGGAGUCCCGGCUGAGUGAAGUCUUGCAGGCCGUCACCGACCACGACAUCCCCCAGCAGUUGGUGGAACGGCUGCAGGAGGAGAAGAGGAUCGAGGCCCAGAAGCGGAAGGAGCGGCAGGAAGCGCAUCUCUACAUGCAAGUGCAGAUAGUGGCAGAGGACCAGUUUUGUGGCCACCAAGGGAACGACAUGUAUGAUGAGGAGAAGGUCAAGUACACCGUGUUCAAGGUGCUGAAAAACUCCUCCCUCACCGAGUUCGUGCAGAGCCUGUCCCAGACCAUGGGAUUUCCGCAGGAUCAAAUUAGAUUAUGGCCCAUGCAAGCCAGGAGCAACGGCACCAAACGGCCAGCCAUGCUGGACAAUGAGGCGGACGGCAACAAGACGAUGAUUGAGCUCAGCGACAACGAGAACCCUUGGACCAUCUUCCUGGAGACGGUCGACCCGGAGCUGGCCGCCAGUGGCGCGACGCUGCCCAAGUUCGAUAAGGAUCAUGAUGUGAUGUUAUUUUUGAAGAUGUAUGAUCCCAAAACCCGGAGCUUGAAUUACUGUGGGCACAUCUACACCCCAAUAUCCUGUAAAAUACGUGACUUGCUGCCAGUUAUGUGUGACCGAGCAGGAUUCAUCCAGGAGACGAGCCUUAUCCUCUAUGAGGAAGUUAAACCGAACUUAACGGAAAGAAUCCAGGACUAUGACGUGUCCCUUGACAAAGCCCUUGACGAGCUCAUGGAUGGUGACAUCAUAGUGUUUCAGAAGGAUGACCCCGAAAAUGAUAACAGUGAGUUGCCCACCGCGAAGGAAUAUUUCCGAGACCUCUACCACCGGGUGGACGUCAUCUUUUGUGACAAGACGAUCCCCAACGACCCCGGCUUCGUGGUCACGCUGUCCAAUAGGAUGAAUUAUUUUCAGGUGGCUAAGACGGUCGCACAGCGACUUAACACCGACCCGAUGUUACUUCAGUUCUUCAAGUCUCAAGGUUACAGGGAUGGCCCAGGGAACCCUCUUAGGCAUAAUUAUGAAGGUACUCUCCGGGACCUCCUACAGUUCUUCAAGCCCAGGCAACCCAAGAAACUGUACUAUCAGCAGCUGAAGAUGAAAAUCACCGACUUUGAGAACAGGCGGAGUUUCAAGUGCAUAUGGUUAAACAGCCAGUUUAGGGAAGAGGAAAUAACACUAUACCCAGACAAGCACGGCUGCGUCCGCGACCUGCUGGAAGAAUGCAAGAAGGCGGUGGAGCUGGGCGAGAAGGCGUCAGGGAGGCUCAGGCUGCUAGAAAUCGUAAGCUACAAAAUCAUCGGGGUGCACCAGGAAGACGAGCUCUUAGAGUGUCUGUCCCCGGCCACGAGUCGGACGUUUCGAAUAGAGGAAAUCCCGCUGGACCAGGUGGACAUAGACAAGGAGAACGAGAUGCUCAUCACCGUGGCCCACUUCCACAAGGAGGUCUUUGGCACCUUCGGCGUCCCCUUCCUGCUGCGGAUCCACCAGGGCGAGCACUUCAGAGAAGUGAUGAAGCGGAUCCAGAACCUGCUGGACAUCCAGGAGAAGGAGUUUGAGAAGUUCAAGUUUGCCAUCGUGAUGAUGGGCCGGCACCAGUACAUCAACGAGGACGAGUACGAGGUCAACUUGAAGGACUUCGAGCCUCAGCCUGGUAACAUGUCUCACCCCCGACCCUGGCUCGGGCUCGACCACUUCAACAAAGCCCCCAAGAGGAGUCGCUACACUUACCUUGAAAAGGCCAUCAAGAUCCACAACUGACCUCCGCAGGCGGCGUGGGCCAGGCCAGGGCCCGUGUGUGGGCGCGUGCCCGCACCCCCUCCUCACUAACAGCCCGGAACUGUGUGGUCCACACGCGCUCAGCCCGUGUCUUCAGCAAGAGGAACUGCUGCUGAUGUCCAUUUUCUUUCGUUGAGGCUGUUGAGUUUGGCUUCUCUCUCGAUUGACUGCCCCUUUUGAGCAAAAUGAAGGUGUUUUUAUAAAGCUUGGAUGCCAAUGAGAGUUAUUUUAUGGUAACCACAGUGCAAGGCCUGGCGGGGGAGUGAGGUCAGUGGCACGCGGGUCGCCUGGGGGUGGAGGGUCGCACCCGUCAGUGGCGGCGUGAGCCACCCGGAGGGAGGCCCGCGGCCCCCGACGGGCUGGCUCCCCCUGCACCACCCUAGCGUCCCUCCCUCCGCCCCCGGCUGAGCAGCGCGCUUCUCCACUGCCUGUUCUGUCCCCACUCCGUCCUCAGUGGCGCCAGCCCGGGGGUCCAUCUCAGAGAGCACUGGCGAGCCCCCCGUGGCGUGCUCGCAUCCGGAGGGGCCUGCUCGCUAGUGGUUAGAAGCUGUUUACUUUGUAAAAAAGUUCAAAGGAAAAAAAAAACCCGGAGAAAUGAAAUUGUAUAUUUAAUGACUGAACGCGUCCCACGGCCGCCGGGAGGAGCGGGCGGGGAGCGCGGCAGGCGCGGCUCGCCGACGCCCCGCUCCUCGCGCAGUUCCUUUCGAGCCAGCCUCGUCCGUUCCUUUGGCGCUAACGCAGCUGCGUGUCUAGUUCCGAGUGCAGUCCAGUAGAAGCCGCAGACCACACCUAGUUCUCCCCCUCCCCCCUGUUGGUUUGUUUCCGUAGCGCAGUGUGCACCAACUCUUCCUGUAUAUUGCCUUUUUGCUGGAAAAUGUUGUAUGUUGAAUAAAAUUUUCUAUAAAAACGA